AUGGAAUGUCGCCAUGCGCCUAGUAUCCUGUCUCGAACAUCUACUCGGCCGCGGCAGCAACGGCACCAACGACAUGCUCAUCGUCUGCACCCUCGAUCUAAUCCAAGGCGCACUCCUCCUCCACCCCCCUCCCGCACCCUCUUUGCCCGCGAAAUCUACAUGAACCUCCUCCUCGACCUCCUCGACCCAAUCAACUGCCCAGCCAUCCAAUCCGCCACCCUCCUCACCCUCGUCACCGCACUCCUCGACUGCCCAGCCAAUACUCGCACCUUCGAAGACCUAGACGGCCUCCUCACGGUAACAUCACUAUUCAAGCAGCGCGCCACCUCGCGAGAGGUCAAGCUCAAGCUAGUCGAGUUCCUGUACUUCUAUCUCAUGCCUGAAACGCCGAUUCUGGGGCGCAGCGCUAGCCCGCCGGGUCUGCAGCGCAGCCCGAGCAAGAUCUCCUCACGACCCAUGUCGCAGAAUUCACAUACCUCCGCUGGACCGGGAAAGAUGAUACGUGAUACGCGGACGACGGAUGAGAAACAGGCUUUGUUGGGAAGGUAUUUGAAUAAUGUGGAGGAUUUGGUUGAGGAUCUUAAAGAGACGGCUCCGUUUGGAGCGACGGUUUACUGA